UUGCAGCAUUUAAAUAUUAAGACGCUGACAGAUGACAUGAUGGAGAAACUGAGCCAACAGAGGUUAAGUAACUUGUUGCAAGUCACGGGGCAGCCAGGAAGCUCUGGCGACUGGCCCCAGAGAACAGGAUCUUUAAAGCUGGACAAAUUUGCCAGCAUAAAAAUUCCAGGGAGCAAGAAAGAGAGGCCUCCACUUUCCAACCUGAAAACUGCGUUUGCGAGCAGUGAUUGUUCUUCAGAGGUGGCGGAAAACCUUCUGAAGCCACGGUCAGAGAAUGAAGUCUUGGAACUUUUCGAAAAGAUGAUGGAAGAUAUGAAUUUAAAUGAAGAUAAGAAGGCACCAUUGCGGGAAAAGGACUUCAGUAUCAAAAAAGAAAUGGUGAUGCAGUACAUUAAUGCUGCUUCCAAGACAGGAAGUCUUAAGAGGAAUCGGCAGAUUUCACCUCAGGAAUUCAUCCAUGAACUGAAAAUGGGGUCUGCAGAUGAAAGACUUGUCACGUGCCUGGAGUCACUGCGUGUAUCUUUGACUAGUAAUCCUGUGAGUUGGGUGGAAAGCUUUGGACAUGAGGGACUUGGAUUAUUACUGGACAUUUUGGAAAAACUGAUUAGUAGCAAAAUACAAGAAAACAUUGUAAAGAAGAAUCAGCAUAAAGUCAUACAGUGUCUAAAGGCUUUGAUGAAUACACAGUACGGCUUGGAAAGAAUCAUGAGUGACGAGCGGAGUCUCUCUCUGCUGGCCAGAGCCAUGGACCCCGAGCACCCCAGCAUGAUGACAGACGUGGUCAAGCUCCUGUCCGCGGUGUGCAUUGUGGGGGAGGAGAGCAUCCUUGAAGAAGUUUUAGAAGCUUUAACGUCAGCUGGAGAAGAACAGAGAAUCGACAGAUUUUCUUCUAUUGUGGAAGGUCUUCGGCAUAAUUCCCUUCAACUUCAAGUGGCAUGUAUGCAGCUCAUCAAUGCCCUUGUUACAUCUCCCGAUGAUUUGGACUUCAGGCUUCACAUCAGAAAUGAAUUUAUGCGUUGUGGGUUGAAAGAGAUAUUGCCAAAUUUGAAAUGCAUUAAGAAUGAUGGCUUGGAUAUCCAACUUAAAGUUUUUGAUGAGCAUAAGGAAGAAGACUUGAUUGAGUUCUCCCAUCGCCUGGAAGAUAUUAGAGCUGAACUUGAUGAAGCGUAUGAUGUUUACAACAUGGUGUGGAGCACAGUGAAGGAAACAAGAGCAGAGAAAUAUUUUAUUUCUAUUCUUCAGCAUCUUUUACUGAUUCGCAAUGACUCCUUUAUAAGGCAACAGUACUUCAAAUUAAUCGAUGAGUGUGUAUCUCAGAUUGUGUUACAUAGAGAUGGGAUGGAUCCAGACUUCACAUAUCGAAAAAGACUAGAUUUAGAUUUGAGUCAAUUUGUUGAUAUUUGCAUAGAUCAAGCAAAAGUAGAAGAGUCUGAAGAGAAAGCAUCAGAAUUUCACAAGAAAUUUGAAAAAGAGUUUACCAACCACCAAGAAACUCAGGCCCAAUUGCAGGAAAAGGAGGCAAAGAUUAAUGAACUUCAAGCAGAAUUACAAGCUUUUAAAUCUCAGUUUGGUGCCUUGUCAGCUGAUAUCAGUACCUCUUUGCCCCUGUCAAAAGAAAAUGGAACUGGGCAGCCAGCACUUGCUCCUUCUGUGGCUCCGCCCCCGCCGCCCCCGCCUCCACCUCCUCCACCUCCUCCACCUCCUCCACCUCCUCCGCUUCCUGGCAUGCCCCUGCCAUUUGGUGGUCCUGUGCCUCCACCACCUCCCCUAGGAUGUCUCAGCGGAGGAAACUCGCUCCCACCUAUCCUACCAUUUGGGUUGAAACCAAAGAAAGAAUUUAAACCCGAAAUCAACAUGAGAAGAUUGAACUGGUUAAAGAUCAGACCUCAUGAAAUGACUGAAAACUGUUUCUGGAUAAAAGCAAAUGAAAAUAAGUAUGAAAGUGUGGAUUUGCUUUGUAAACUUGAGAAUACAUUUUGUUGCCAACAAAAAGAGAGAAGAGAAGAGGAAGAUUUUGAAGAGAAGAAAGCUCUUAAAAAAAAGAUUAAAGAACUUAAAUUUCUAGAUUCGAAAGUUGCCCAGAAUCUUUCAAUCUUCCUGAGCUCUUUUCGGGUGCCAUAUGAAGAAAUCAAAAUGAUGAUAUUGGAAGUGGAUGAAUCACAGUUGGCAGAGUCUAUGAUCCAGAACUUAAUAAAGCAUCUUCCUGAUCAACAACAAUUAAAUUCAUUGUCUCAGUUCAAGAGUGACUAUUACAACUUAUGUGAACCAGAGCAGUUUGCUGUUGUGAUGAGCAAUGUGAAGAGACUGCGGCCGCGGCUCAGUGCUAUUCUCUUUAAGCUUCAGUUUGAAGAGCAGGUGAAUAACAUCAAACCUGACAUCAUGGCUGUCAGCACUGCCUGCGAAGAGAUAAAGAAGAGCAAAAGCUUUAGCAAGUUGCUGGAACUUGUAUUGCUAAUGGGAAACUACAUGAAUGCCGGCUCCCGGAAUGCUCAAACCUUUGGAUUUAACCUUAGCUCUCUCUGUAAACUAAAAGACACAAAAUCAGCAGAUCAGAAAACAACACUGCUUCAUUUUCUGGUGGGAAUAUGUGAAGAAAAGUACCCCGAUAUCCUGAAAUUUGUGGACGAUUUGGAACAUUUGGACAAAGCGAGCAAAGUCUCUGUAGAAAUGCUGGAAAAGAAUUUGAAGCAGAUGGGAAGGCAGCUUCAACAGCUUGAGCGAGAUUUGGAAACCUUUCCCCCUCCUGAGGACACGCACGAUAAGUUUGUGACAAAGAUGUCCAGCUUUGUUAUCAGUGCAAAGGAGCAAUAUGUGAAGCUUUCACAGUUACAUGAAAACAUGGAAAAGCUAUACCAGAGCAUCAUGGGAUACUAUGCCAUUGACGUGAAGAAGGUGUCUGUGGAAGACUUUUUGACGGACUUAAAUAACUUCAGAGCCACAUUCAUGCAAGCAAUAAAGGAAAAUGUUAAAAAAAGAGAAGCAGAGGAAAAACAAAAACGUGCCAGAAUAGCCCAAGAAUUGGCAGAGAAAGAAAGACGUGAACGCCAGCAAAAGAAAAAGCGCUUGUUAGAAAUGAAGACUGAGGGUGAUGAGACGGGAGUGAUGGACAGUCUGCUGGAGGCCUUGCAGUCCGGGGCUGCCUUCCGCGACCGAAGGAAAAGGACACCAAAGCCAAAAGAUAUUCGGCAGAGUCUCAGUCCAAUGUCUCAGAGGCCUGUUCUGAAAGUUUGUAACCAUGACAAUCAGAGAGUGCAGUUGACGGAAGGGUCACGUCCACACCACAGUAUCAAUUGCAACUCGACAAGGACUGCAGUCAUCAAGGAGCUUAAUUAUAAUCCAGACACUCACGCGUCUGCAGGGAGGAUCAAGGCAGCUGGGAAGCAGGAAGCCCGCAACGCAGAGAGCAACAGAAAAAAGGAAAUGGAACUUCUUGGCUCUGUUUCUAAAAGCGAAUCCAUUCCUGAAGUUGAAGCCCUGCUGGCAAGAUUACGAGCUUUAUAAAUUAAACUGGUAAAAAAAAAAAAAAAAAAUGAUUAAGCCAAAUAUAAAGCCAUCUCUGAGC